AUGGAUCAAAUGAAUAGUCUCAGUAUUCAUGACGACCCGGUGCCGUCACCUUCGUCGGAACCACGCAAACAGAAGAAGAAGAAAGUGCUGCUGAUGGGCAAGUCGGGGUCCGGGAAGAGCUCCAUGCGAAGCAUCAUUUUCAGCAAUUAUAUUGCCAAAGAUACGAGACGGUUGGGGGCUACCAUUGAUGUCGAUUUGAGUCAUGUUAAGUUUCUGGGGAAUUUGACGCUGAAUCUUUGGGAUUGUGGCGGUCAGGAUGCAUUUAUGGAGAACUACCUCUCGCAGCAACGACAACACGUAUUCUCAAAUGUCGGCGUGCUCAUCUACGUAUUCGAUAUCGAAUCUCGAGACUUCGAUCGCGAUCUCCUUACCUACCGCUCCAUCAUCGCCGCGCUCAGUCAAUUCUCCCAAAGUGCAAGUGUAUACAUACUGGUUCAUAAGAUGGACUUGGUGGUGCCCAACCAACGAGAAGACAUGUACAAUGAUCGCGUAUCCCUCAUCCGUUCCAAAUCCGAUUCCUUUGACCCCACACCUUUCGCGACUUCGAUCUGGGAUCAAUCGCUCUACAAGGCUUGGGCGGAAAUAAUCCACGAUCUAGUCCCCAAUCUCGAUCAAAUAGAGAAACAUCUCGGCAGUCUAGGCAAACUCAUAAUGGCAGAAGAAGUCCUCCUAUUCGAACGCACCUCCUUCCUCGUCGUCUCAAGCUGGUCAUCCAAGGGGAUAAUCACGAGCGACAAAGAUCAGCCCGCUCAGAAUCCUACCUACGAUCGUAACGAACGUCUCUCGAACAUUAUCAAAAACUUCAAGCAAAGCACAAGUCGAUACACGGGCACGCCUAAAUCCGCCGAGCAAUUUUCCGUCUUCGAUCUCAAAAUGCCGAAUUUCUGCAUGUUUCUGAUUAAGUUUACCACGAACACGUAUCUCGGCGUCGUGUUACCACCUGGUGAGGAGCGUUUCAACGCCGCGAAAUUGAAUUGUUACAUCGCGCGAACGCAUUUCGAGGAUUUAGACUCGCCGGCUAGGAAGAGCGCUGAUAGAGGGGUUUCCGGAGAUAGUGGGGAGCUGGCUUGA